AUGUCUCUGGCGAACGCUUUCUAUAACACUCUCGUCAAGCGCAACAGCGUAUAUGUGACGUCCAUCUUCGCUGGUGCAUUUGGGUUUGGUGUCGGCUUCGAUGUAGGCAUCACCUCGUUCUACGAUAGCUGGAAUAAGGGGAAACAGUGGAAAGACAUCCGGGGAAAGUACCUUGAGGAAUCAUAG